GAUAAUUACCUAACCAGACUUAAAUUCUCAAAGAAUCAGAGGAGCUUCUUUGGCAUGUGACCUGCUUGAUCAGGAGCCAGGCUUUGUCCCUAGUUAUUUUUAUUUAUUUUUUUAAAGCAAAAUCUUUAUUCCUGCAGUUACAUUUUAUAUGUAUUUAUGGCACUGUUGGCAGUAACACAGCCUUUACAGAAUCCCCUGCCUUGAGAAUCAGUGUUUUACAGUGACUGUCUCCAUGACAGCAGUAUAACAACUAAAGCUUCAGCUUGCUGUUUCUGUAGCUGUGUAUGUGACAUAUAAUUGGUUGACUGAGUCUCCUUAGCAGCUGAUUGGCCUGAAGCAGAGUCACUCACAAUCCUCAUCCAACAAGUUCAGCUGCAUACAUAUUACACACUCUGUGCAGAGAGAUGUCAGAUUUAGCAGUUUUUUCUCCUUCCUUAUUUGAAUACUCUCUUACAUUAUACUAGAAAACAUUACUUCAUUCUCAGGUCAGUUUCUCUGUGUAAUUUAGCUUUAUACAGGUUUGAGAUCUCUUUAAAAUGGUUCUAAGUAAGAGAUUUUCUAAGGACAUCAGCUCAAUGCUCCCUUCAGUUGAAGAGGCUAAGGAUGCAGAAGAAGAGGAGUCCAGCCAAACUGUCUUAGGGGGGAUUGCUAGCAGACCACCCAGCAGACCUCUGCCAAAUCUGAGCCGUGGAAGUGUUGACAGCAGAACAAUCCCACGAUCUGCAAGAAUAAAACCAGACUUUGAAGAACAGGAAGAUGAUAAAUCAGUUGAGGUUCAGGACGCAAAAGAACAAUCACAAGUGGAGUCUUUAAAUAAAAGUUCAGAAAACCAGUUUGUCAGUUCUAAAGGAAAGGAGGAAGACUGGGACACAGAACUUGAAGAUGAAGAAGUCAAAGAAUCAUAUGAUUCCACUGGAAAAGCCAAAUAUUUAUCAGUUUGUCAGUUCUUUGGAGUGGUACCAGUUUCAUAUUACUUGCGCCACAUACAAGAUUCUGUGCUUGUAAUGAGGCAUCAUGGGCUUGGUUUAAAGGCUGUAAAAGCACUGGCUCUCUCUCUGAUGACCAACACAUCAAUUGUGAGUUUAGAUCUCAGUGAUAACUGGCUGGAAGGAGAUGGCGCUGCAGCGAUAGCCGACAUGCUGAAGGAAAAUUGCUACAUUUCAGAGAUUUAUCUAUCGGAUAACAGACUUGGACUGAAAGGCGCCAUUGCAUUAUCACAUAUGCUUGUUGAGAAUACAACACUGAGAAAAAUUAAUCUAUCCGGAAAUGAGUUUGAUGACCAAACUGCUCCUUAUUUAUCUGGUGCUUUAAUAAACAACCAAAAGCUGGAAUCCGUGGACCUCAGUCAUAACUUGUUUGGAGACAGAUCAGGUGAAAUUCUUGGUACAGCAAUUGCUGAAAACACAGGAAUGCUGGAGCUAAAUCUCAGCUGGAACUGCUUUCGUGGAAAAGGAGCCAUAGCUGUAGCAAAAGGCUUAGGGGCCAACAUUUUCCUCCGAGUGCUGGAUCUGUCAUAUAAUGGAUUUGGCAAUAAUGGAGCGGCAGCCUUAGGAGAGGCUCUGAAGAUUAACAAUGUGUUAGAAGAACUAAACAUUAGCAACAAUCGUAUUUCUCUGCAAGGAGCUGUACGUUUUGCAUUGUGUCUUAAAGAAAAUAAGAAUUUGAAAGCUUUACAGAUGUCUAGAAAUCCAAUGAAAAGUGAAGGCUGUUUUGCGGUUUUGAAAUCCAUCCAGGCAAACCCUGGCGCUGCCAUAGAAUCUUUGGAGUUCUGUGAUAUUGUGGUCAAUAAGGAGUUUGAUGAUUUGUAUAGUGCUCUGAAGGAAACUAUGCCAAACCUGUCUAUCAAACAUGGAGGAAACGCUGAUCUGUUCAAAAGAAGCAGUAUGAAGGCAGAUCCACUCGACAUAGUCAGGCAAUAUAUUAAGGAAAAUAGCCUUCAUCCAGCUGAGAUGUUUACUCAAACAGACAAGAGUAAUCUCAUGAACUAUGAGGAGUUUCAGCAGGAACUAACGAGAGCUGGAAUUAUAAUACCUAAAGAUGUGGCUGGAAAGGUAAUCGAGUUCCUGGACAAGGAUAAGAGUGGCAUAAUUGAUUUCAGUGUAUUUCAGCAAGCUAUUUCUACUUGAUAUGUCCAAUAAGAGAACCUGUCUGGCAGGAUGCAUCUGUAAUCUACUGGAACAUUAAUUUUGUCUGUCAGCUGUAAUACUCCAAAUAUACUGGCUAUGAGCUGC